CGAGGUCAGGCCUUCGGUCUGCGCUGCAGGAUUGGCUUUAAAAAUGAAGGAGCCUGACCACCUCUCAUUCAACGGUGGAUCUUCAGCGGACAAACCAGAGGCGAGGAGAGACAACACUGUGACCUGUUACAGCUACCAGAUUGUUCCAGUUCAAGCACAUUUGCUGUCAUGGGUAACUCAGCAUCCAGCACCUUCAUCACUCCUACUCCCAGGAAACUGUCCUGGGGUCGCCCGAAAGAGGACACAGUCAAGCUGGAGGACAUCUUGAUGCAACGUGAAGAGGAUCUCUGGAGAGUUAAAGGAAAGCACAUUCUAUCUGUGAAAAAGGUCAACCUCACUCGCAGCAUCCGUUACAUGGACCUAGCUGUCCAAGAGGGUGACAGCUUUUCUCCAGACAAGAGCGAAAUGCUGAACCCUGCUUUUGUUGGAGAUCAAGGUCCAUGAAGGACUGAAUUCAGUGAGGACAAUUGAAUCUAGCUGCAAACAGCUCCUGCAAUGGCACUGCAACACAAACGCCCUCUGCUAAGACCAUUGCCACCUCAGGGCAGUGGGUGUGAACUCAGAAACAGGAAGAGAGGCAUCAGUGUACAUUCAAAGUGAGAUAGGUCUAUUUUGUGUGAAAUGGGGGUGAAGUGAAACUCUUUUUUUCUGCAGGGGGUGUGAAUUGGUCAAACUGAUGCAUAUCAGCUGUCAUAGUUUAGAGCAGAUCACACAUGCAUCACCUCAUGUUGUAGCUGUAUGCUGAACAGAACAAAAGAAAUCCUGUCUUGACAACUCUGCACCUGUGAGACACACUUCAAGGUCUGAACCUGAGGGGACGAGAUGGACGCUUUGACAUGGGCUCUGUUUUUUGUGUGCUUUUGCUGCAAAGUUACUCAAACUGAAGCCUCGUCUUGGUCAGCCACGGUGCCGUCCUCAGUUGAAGGCCUCCUUGGAUCCUGUGUGGAGAUUCCCUGCUCAUUUGACUACCCAAAUGCAGACAGGCAGAUCACUGGAUUCACUGGGAUGUGGACUGAUGAGGCACAUCAGCUCAUUUAUCACCCAAACGAGUCAAAAAUGAUGCAGCAGUAUCGGAAUCGGACACGGCUGCUGGGAGACGUCAGAAAGAAGGGCUGUUCGCUGAAGAUUGAUCCCCUUCAACAAAGUGACCAAGGGCCUUUUUAUUUCAGGAUCGAAUUAGGAGACUAUGAAAAGUAUUCCUACAGGGAGAAGCCAGUCUCCAUUGCAAUAAAGACUGAACCAAAGCCCAUCAGUUUCUCUGUGAAAGAGGAGGCAGUGGAGGGUAAAAUUGUGACUGCGUCCUGCUCCGUAUCGCACUCCUGCCCCACCUCUCCUCCUGUCUUCACCUGGAGUCACCCUGGACAAGAACAUUUCCAACCACAGCAGCUGGAUGCCGGCCAGUGGAAAGCAACGUCUACUCUGACCUUUCACCCUACCAGCGCCGAUCACAACAAGCCCUUAGAGUGCACGGUAACAUACAAGGGAGGGCAGCACCACAAAACAUCCAAGGUCCUCAAAGUCAAACACGCUCCAGUGAACGUGAAGGUUGAGCACAAGACCGAUGUAAAGGAGGGGGAAGCUGUGCGGCUGAAAUGCUCCUGUGAUGCCCACCCUCCUGCCAGCGGCUAUCUGUGGCACAAUGAAACUGGUGCUCAGCUGCAUCAAGGAAGCGUCUACAUGCUGUCAAAUGUCACCAGACACACAGGAGCCCUGUACUGUACUGCUGUCAAUACAGUCGGACGAAGCAAAUCGAGCCCUGUGCAGCUCAAUGUGUUGUAUGCCCCGGAGAUCAGGGCGGCCUCCUCUUGCUCCUCAGAGGCAGACAUGGUAAAGUGUGUGUGCAUUGCAGAGUCCAAGCCUCCCAGCAUGGUUCAUUUUUUGCUUUCUGACAAAGUCCUGCCGAGCACCAGGGUGGAGAAACACGGCUCCCUUACCAUCGGGACUCUGCAGGCAGAGUUGGGAUCCUCUGAGGUUGUCUACUGUCUGGCAAACAACAUGCAGGGCAAUGCCACCCUCACACUCUCUCUACCUGUUAACAGUAAGAUGCAGAAUCUUUACAUCAUCAUCAUCGCCGCUGUAGCUGGUGGGAUUUUGGUGAUGCUUUUGAUAACGAUGAAAGUUGUUCAGAAAUGCAGGGGGAGAUCUGAGGUCGCAGCAACACCUCACAUGAGCUCCGUGAAGGCAGACAAAGAUUUGGCGCUCCCUCAGUAUGCUGCAACAAAAAGAAAAGAGAGGAGCUAUGAUGAUGUGCACUGCUCUGAACUUUAUGGCAAUGAUCAUGUUUAUGGCAACAUGGAGACUGACUGGGAUGAUGCAAUAUACGCCAACGUGUAAGGUCAGUCAACUCGGAGGAGGAACAGCUGCAGCCCCUCUUUGUGAUGUCCAGCUGAUGUGGGUCAAAAAAGUUGUAAAAACAGUAUUGAUAUGCUAUUUCUGUAUAUAUGACAUAUGCCUUAUUUUUCUGUCUGCUGUAAUUCAUAUAUAUAUAUAUAUAUAUUUUUUUUUAAAGUUGUUCAUGUUAUUUUUUCUCAUCUAGAACUUUUGCCUUACUGUUCAUCUCAUCAACAGCAACUUAUGUGUUGUGACAAAUCAAU